UGGUUCUAUUGGUGUCGCUGUGGUGACGUGUAAGUUCUGACAGGAGCAGGAAGUAACCAGGAAUUAGAGGAGGAAUAGUUUAGGAAAUACCCAACGUUAGCUAGAAACCUAGGUAUUUAUCUAGCUUGCCGACGGGGGCUAGAUAUUUGGCAUACAAAGCAAACAUAUUUAUGUCGUUUGUGAAAUGGCCAUGUAUCAAGACGUUUGUUUUUCAGUCUUCGUGGCUGCACUCCUGUUUGGCAUUUGCGAUUCCAGAAUACACCACCUUGUACUGAAGAAUGAAACCCGCUUCAUCAUCCAUCUCAACACCUUCGGCUUCUAUGCUAAGGGCACCCUUGACGUCAACCUCAAGGCUCUCAACCUGCGCAGGGACCAGAAGAUUGACUUCUCUAAAUACCCUAUGGGCUUCAGCCUGUCCAAGUCUCGGGUGAACGGGCUUCUGGCCUACACUGCAGAGGACACAGAAGAAUGUCAGCUGACCAAAACCAAGAGUGAGCAGCCCCUAAUUCUUUUCCUCAUUGACAUUGACAAGCUCAGUGUAAGCGUGCGGUCAUUCGGGGAACAGGACAGCCUCCUAUCAGAGACACCGAAGGCCAAGGAGGAGGACGCCGAAAUCCCUGAAAAAAAAGAAAAGAGAGACCUCACAUCGGACCAGAGUAAGACUACAGUGGGCAAAGACACGGAAGAGAAAGGGACCAAAGCAGAAAUGAGUCAGAAGGACAAAGAAGAAAAAAGAGAUCCAAGUAAGACUACAGUUGGCAAAAUCACGGAAGAGAAACCGAACGAAGAAGAGGUUGACGAGAAAGAUGAAGAAAAGCAGGACCAACCGUUGGAGGAGGAAAAAUCUGUGACGGAGAAACCUGCCAAGAGCGAAGGGAAGAUUGACGGGAGGACUCUUGCUCUCCAGAAAAUCGGUGACUCCUACAACUUCAGUUUCCAUAUUACGAUUGGCUCCCUGGCUGAAGGUCUGUACAGCCUGAAUUUCCACAGCUGUUACAACCUUGUUCCCGGAGUCAGCAAUCCCUACAACCUCAACGUGGAGGUCAUAGAGCAGAACCCAGGUGGUUACCUGUCAGCUGCAGAGAUUCCCCUCCCACUCCUCUUCAUCAGCAUGGCCAUCGUCUUCUUCGUUGCAGCCAUGGUCUGGGUUUACACCCUCAUGCAGCACAGGUACAGUGUGUUUAAGAUCCACUGGCUGAUGGCAGCUCUGGCCUUCACGAAGUCCAUCUCCCUGGUCUUCCACAGUAUUAACUACCACUUCAUCAAUAAAGAGGGACGCCCCAUUGAAGGCUGGGCUGUCAUGUACUACAUUACACACCUGUUGAAGGGAGCUCUGCUCUUCAUUACUCUGGCUCUCAUAGGCACAGGCUGGGCCUUUGUUAAGUACAUCCUCUCAGACAAGGAGAAGAAGAUCUUCAUGAUCGUAAUCCCCCUGCAGGUCCUGGCGAACGUGGCUUAUAUCAUCAUCGAGUCGACGGAGGAGGGCUCCAGUGAAUACGCCCUGUGGAAGGAGGUGCUCUUCCUGGUCGACCUCAUCUGCUGCGGUGCCAUCCUCUUCCCUGUGGUCUGGUCGAUUCGCCACCUUCAGGACGCCUCCAGUACUGAUGGAAAAGCUGCCAUGAACCUGGAGAAGCUGAAACUCUUCCGGCACUACUAUGUCAUGAUCGUCUGCUACAUCUACUUCACCCGCAUCAUCGCCUUCCUGCUCAAGGUGGCCAUCCCCUUCCAGUGGCAGUGGUUCUACGAGUUCCUGGUGGAGAUCUCCACCCUAAUCUUCUUUGUGAUGACGGGGUACAAGUUCCGGCCAGCCUCCAACAACCCCUACCUGCAGCUGCCCCUAGACGAGGAGGACGUGGAGAUGGACGAAGUGGUGACUGAGUCGGGGGCUCUGGAGGGCAUCUCCCGGGUGAAGAAGACCCAGAACGGCCGUGACAGACAGAGAGAGCCGUCUCUGUGAGUCCCAGACUCAGCCUCUCUCCCUCUGCUCCCUGGGCUGGGGGGGAGGGGGUGCACAGGACCAACAGCCCCCCCAACCCCCCCUCCUCACCCCUGCCUGUGUCCGGACUAUGGCUGUGUCGCAGCCACGGCAACCGCAGCCUCUCUAUGCAAGCAGCAGACGUGGGCGUGUGCUAGGAUCUGUCUCUCUCCUGCAGACGUGGGCGUGUGCUAGGAUCUGUCUCUCUCCUGCAGACGUGGGCGUGUGCUAGGAUCUGUCUCUCUCCUGCAGACGUGGGCGUGUGCUAGGAUCUGUCUCUCUCCUGCAGACGUGGGCGUGUGCUAGGAUCUGUCUCUCUCCUGCAGGCGUGUUUCUCACCCCCCUCCGCUGAUGCUGGGGGAGAGCCUCUGCCCCAUCCCCCACCCCCCCACCACCCCAAGGAGGGGGACGUUCCAAAGACCGCUGUCAUUCUCGCCUGUCCCGUGUCUGUUUCCCACACCAAUGCCUCUCCCGUCUUCAUCCGUGUUAUUUAAAGGGUACCCCGUCCCUCGUCUUCGUUCCUGUUUAUUUUAGUGUGUUUGUGCGCCUGUGCGUGCGUGUGUGUGUGCCUGUGUGUGCAUGUGCGUGUGCGCAUGUGCUUGCGUGCGUGCGUGUGUGUGUGCGCCUGUGUGUGUGUGUGCAGGGAGGAAGGCAUGGUUGUAUAGGACCUGUCGGAACCUGGAGAAUCAGUUGCUGUGCAAACCCAACACUCAAGCUUCGAACCAUCGCUCAUUCGCUUCACUGAAUGUCCUUUUGAUCUCUGACUUUGCAUACAGUUUCUAAAAAGAAUAUGAAUAAUAACUAUUGACUGAUUUUACUCUUGUUUUAUUCUCUUUUUUUCCAUGUGGGUUGUGAGUCUUGUGGGCGGGUUCCAGUGUACCUGCCCAGCGUGCUAUGAAUGAUGUCAAUGAAGUCUGAUUGAGUUAUGAUGAUAUGACUGUAAAACAGUUCACUGCAGUUUCAUCCCUGGCAGAGUAUUUAUGAAAUGGCUUUAUUAUUGUGAACUGGUUUAAUCUGCGGUCUAACGGUUCAGUACCAGGUACUAAAUGGCUCCACAUCCCAGGAUGCUCCUUCAGACUCUAUUCCACUUCUUUGUUUGUGUUCUGGGCCACCAGUCUUUCUUUUGACAAACACAACUUUGUAUUGAUAUCUCCAUUUAUUAGGUAAUUAUACCAUCUUAUGUUAAUAUUAGGUGUUUGAUAAUUAAUUGUCAUUGUAUAUUAAUUGCUCCAAUAGUGUAUUGUUAUUUUAUUCCUUUGUGCUUCACACUUAUCUGGAACGGGGUCACGGGUUUGAAUCCUGGCUGUGCAUGUGACAGCUGUGGCCCGCAGUCCUGUCCUGUAAUUUGGUUGACAUGGCACCUUUUGACAGAGGGUUUUUGUUUGGCAGGAUAUUCCCCUUCUCAUUAACACAACAGCGACCUCUCUGGUCAGCAGGGGACCUGCAGCCUGCUUGCACCAUUGCUCCAUGGCCAGCAGAGGUCACACCUGCACAUAUUUAACAGAAAGCGCUCGCUCUCUGGAUCUGACAGAGGACGUCCGAGGAACAGCCUACUAAUGAGAGACCAGACGAUUCCAAAUUUGGGAAUAAAAAAAAAAAAGCUUUAAAAUUAUUUUUUUAAAUGAAACUCGGGACAAAAAAAUGUCUAAUGUGGCCCUUUGGCCCUUGUGUUUUCCCCUCAACAGCAGAGUUGGGAUGAGCUUUAUUUAUAAAGAUGUUUUUCUAGGGUUAUUUGUGGGACUGAUAAGUCGCUGAUCCUGGAUCGGUGCCUGUGGGUGCUCUUACAGGGUGGACUUCUGAACGCUUUGCGUCUCCAGCUGAACUCCUCCUCCGCCGUUUUUAGCGUUUUCCACUCAGUGCCCUUGAAGGGCCUUUCCCUCUGUAGAGGUUGUUUGGCCCCUGAAGGGCCUUUCCCUCUGUAGAGGUUGUUUGGCCCCUGAAGGGCCUUUCCCUCUGUAGAGGUUGUUUGGCCCCUGAAGGGCCUUUCCCUCUGUAGAGGUUGUUUGGCCCCUGAAGGGCCUUUCCCUCUGUAGAGGUUGUUUGGCCCCUGAAGGGCCUUUCCCUAUGUAGAGGUUGUUUGGCCCCUGAGGCGAGGUUGUGAGGCGCCGUGUUUCCAGGCGCUUACCGCCAGCCGCCGCCUCUUUUUGGCGUCUCUGAGUCACGUGCUGGGUACCCCCGGUGGGUACAAUCCUGCCAGCUGCCCAUCUGCUGCCCAUUGGGAAAAGCUAUGACCAAUCACACGCCUCCCCACAGGGGGCGCUGGCCCCUGUCAGAACCGGUACGGUACCGGGCAGUCGGACUGUCUCGCUGCCCUCAAAACCAGCGUGUUGAAAGUAGAAGCCACUGUCCCCCCACCCUGUCCAAUCAGGGCUUUCAGAUAGUUAAACACAGAGCUUUUUCCCACAGUACUGUUCAUUUAAAACGGAGGGCUACAGGGUUCCAGCCAUCGCCCCCGGGGUGUGCAUCUCCCCCCUGCAGUCUAACGAUAGAAUGUUGGCUCCUGCACUCCCUCCCUCCACCAAUAGGACUCUCAGCUUCGUUGCCACGGGAAUCCUCAGAACACUGUUGGAGGUCCAGCAUUGCCAUGGAAACCUGCUGGGAAUAAAGUGAGGAUGGAGGCAGUGCCCUCCGGGUCUCCUGUACAGGACAGGGGGAGGGACACGCCUCCCUUAAGGUUUCCCCCUUUUCUGCAGUUUUCUACAGCAACCUGUAAGAUGCGAUAUUAAUUUAGUUGUUUUUGCUUUGGUUUUCCCUGUAAAUGUUUGGUUUCCCCCUUCCUGCUGUGCUGUGUCUUUGGCCUUUUUGUAGAGAUGGUGGGGAAACCCACGUGCACAGUGUUAAACAGUGACAAUAAACAGACUCUCAAGGAUG